UAUAUUUUAUAUUUGUUUGAUAUUAGUUUGUGCAUUGACAAUGUUUAUGAACAAAUUUCACCUUACAUGCAAGAUUCUCAAAUUAUUGAUCCGAAUUCUUUAUUCUAUAACCGUCAGUCUCAGACAAUUCAGAUACCAAAGAAUUAUAAAUACGAAGAUGUGGUUAAUAAUAAAAUUAUAGUGAGAAAUGUAUUUGAUCAUCACUUAUAUUGCAAGGACAAUUAUUAUGAAGUUUUUAUUACAAGAUUAAUAAAUAUGUUAAUUUUCAAAUCAAAUUUUCAGAUAAUUAAUGAUAUAGCCUUUGGAAAAUUAGAUUUAGAAGCAACUAUUGAAGAAUUAGAAGUCUUGCAAAGUUUCAGAGAAAGAAAUAUUUCUAUUAGACAAAUUGAUACCAUUAUUAGUAAUAUUGUACGUCCAGUUCCAAUUAGUUCAUUCGAUAAAAUUAUUUCUUAUUCAGAUAUAUUAAUGAUAUAUUUUUAUGAAAAUAGGAUAUUUCUUGGAACGAUAAUUUUAAUUUUAUUUAUUAUUAGAAUAUGUCUUAAGAUAAAGUGGACAAGACCUAAAAUAAUUAUUUUAACUUUCGAUGUUAUGAUUUCAAUUUCUUAUAUAAUAACUUAUUGGGAUCUUGUACAGGAUAAACAGAUUAAGUUAGCAGCUCAAGAAAAGAUGUAUUCAUCAUUAUAUAAAAUGUGCAAUCGAAAUGAAAUUAAUUUUUUUUCGAAAGUAUAUUUUUUUUUUAGUUACAGAGGUUUUGGCAAUGAUGCUUGUUUACAAUAUUUUGAAACAAUUAUCACAAAUCCUGCCUUAAAAGUAACACCACUACAUGUUUUAACUCAUAUGUGUAGUACAUGUGUAUUCUAUCCAUUUUCAAUUGCUGGUCAUUAUUUAUCUGAUUUUAUAGAAAAUUAUACAGGAUCAUUAUUUUUUCCUUUGAGAAUAUAUCCAAGUCUCUGA